AUGACGUCAACAGCCCUCGUUUUGGACCUCGGGCUGAAGCUGCCUUCGGGCCAGCCCGAGUUGGUGGGUCCCACACCCCCCCGGGCCUGGGCUGCUCCGCUGGAACGCAAUUUUUUUUCUUUCCCCCUAGCCUCGGGCUGGGCUUGCUGCUGGAGUGGCUCUGAUGCUGAUGUUAAGAGUAGUUAA